AUAAAAGCCAAAGACACGCUAAAAUUUUUGUAGUUCAUGGCGGACUGUUUGAUAGGAAUUUUCUCCUAGUCAACGUACCAAUCUUAUUGAAAAGGUAUGAUUGCUGUGGGUGCCGAAUCCCAGGACCCCCAGCUCGAUUCAUCAAAUGCCGAAUUCCCGGUGACAAAUUUUGGAGAUGAGGUAAGAACAAGUUUCAAGAUAUCAUGUAUUUAUUUUCUUUUUAAUAAUCAUGUACCGUACCACGCAUAUAAUAAUUAUUAUAUUAUAUUCUCCGUGCCAUGCUUGAAUUAUUUGUUCGUAUAACCGCCGAUGAAGAUAUAUUCUAUCAUUCAUCGCUUGGAUUUCAUUUUAUCCAAUCCUUGAAUAAUAGCUUUUUGUAAAAGCCUUUUUUGUGAACAAAGCCUUCAGGAAUAUAUUUACAAAGAAUACUUUCAUUUGUUUUGACCAUGUAUCGUUAACAAAAAGGACAGCGAAACCCGACUAGUGGGCGUCUCACGUUUAUAUAGACUCUGUCCCCUCACGGCUAAAGUCGCUAACCAAUCAGCGGGUUAGACCUCGAGCCAAUCAGAGAGCAAGAAAUGAUCACGCGCCUGCGCCAUGUCAAUUCUACGCCCGAUAAACAAUGUAGCUACAGUAGCAACAAAAUGUCUGACGACCUUCGCACUCCUGCUGCUAUUAAAAGCGGCCUCUGCACUCCGGUGUUCAUAUGGUUUUUAAAGAGCUCUCCAAAGGGACUUAACUUUAAAUAACUUUUCCUCUUCCUAGAAUGGUAACUUAGGCUUUAAAGCCCCUUCUAAAAUAGUCUUGUUGAUUUUAAGAGAUCUAGUUCUUUGCAUCGUUUUUUAAGGACCAACUCUAAACAUUACAAGUUAAAUACAAAAAUGAUGCUGUAUAAUUAUACAAAUAUAUUUACUUGAUUGCAUUUAUUAGGCUUUACUUUCAGAAUUGGCAUAGAAAACUUAACUUUUAUUAAUUGCUGCUAGUAUUUUGAGUACCGGUACACUUGGUAUAGUAUUCAAUUUAUAGUUAGUAAAUAUAUUAUUUAGGCCAUGGGCCAUAGGCCCUAAAAACUAAACUUAAACUAAUUAAUACACUUAAUUAUUAUUAUUUAAAAGUUGUGUACUGUUCACAAUCACUAAUAGCCUUCUACUUCCACACUAUAACGAAUAACUAUAACUUGGCCUAGAACUUAAAAAGUUAAAAGGAGGCCUGACCUAAAUACUAUUACUAUUAUGCUUAAAAAUUAAAUUAUUUAGAUUUAAUAAUUCUUACAGUUAGCCUAACCCUAUAGCCUAUAUUUUUAAUAUAGAUAAUAAUAUACAACUGGCCAUUACCAUUGCUAUUAUAUUUAUAACUUAUAGUAUCUAGUGUCAUACUUCAGCUGUAUGAUAAUAAAAAUACUGAUUAUAAUGGAUAGUAAUUAGUAUUAGGCGUAUUAGAUCUAGUAUUUAAAUAAUAAUUUAAUAUUAUUAUUAUUACAAUCUUUUUAAAAAUGUAUAGGAGUUAUAGUUAUAGGCCCAAGCCCAAAGUAUAUUUAGUUUUAGGCUUUAAAAAAAUGUAUGCAUUAUUUAAUUUCAUUAUUUAUGCUUAAAAACAUAUAGUUGAUGUAGUAAUAAUAAUAAUAAUAAGACGUCUUAUAUAGCGCGGUACCCCAGCUUAGGGCUGGGCUCACCGCGCUGUACAUAAAAAUUUUAUCAAAAGAGACAUAAUCAGGACAUUAAAAUAAAAUAAAUAGUAGCCUUUAAUCAACCAAUACUUAUGAUGAAGAAAACACAAGACACUAAUUUAAUCAAUGGGUUAUUAUAAUAAUACACUUAUUAAAACUUACCUUUACUUAAAAUUUAAUCACUAUUUUAUUUUAAAACACAAUAUCAGCAUUGAAAUUAUUUUCAUUCUUAUUAGUCAUUAUCCAAAUAAAUAUUACACAAAUUAGGCCUAGCAGAAAGUGCCUAAAUUUUUCUGAGCAGCAACCAUUAGAUACAUAAUUUAACUAAUAUAAAUUUUGAUAGAAAUAUUAGACAUUCUUACCGAUGUGCUUAAUCUCUUGCAUUAAGAUUUUAAAAUCUAGAUUCAACAUCAAAGAUUUUUUUUUUUUUCUAAUUGGUUAGAGAGAACAGCAAAACAAAUAUUUUUUAAUUGUACUGGAAUAUUUCAAAACCCCAAAUUUUUCACUCUUAGCUUAACUCUUGUGCACUUUAAUUAAGAAAAAAUCUAAAGCAUCUUCUAGAAGUUAUUUACUUAAAUCUUACAUUUUAGCAAUUUUAUUUUUUACCAAGCCAGAAUUAUGCUUAAGGUAGUUUAGCUAUAAAAUAUGUACUCAAAUAAAAGUUCUGUGGCAUAAUAAAAUAAAGCACUGCAAAUAAUUAGAAUAUACGAUUAGUUAAAUUGAGUUAACAUCAUGAUGAAUAAUCCUCAAUCCUCGAAUAAUCCAGGGAAAUAUAUGGUUAACAUUAUUUUAUCAAUUAUAUGCGUAAUUUAGAUUCAACCCCUUUUACAUCUUAAAUGAUGCUUUCACCAAGGCUAAGCUGCUAACUCAGUGGCACAUAGCUUAUAUAGAAGUAGGAAAGUACCUGUGAUUUUUAAUUGACAAUAAUGUAAUCAAAUACUAAAUUUCAAACUCAAUUCCAUCCUGAAUUAUUUUUUGGUUAUGAAAACCUUUCAUGUUGAGAUAUUUGUAAAGAGCAGAAAUGUAAGUCAUUAGUGUUUCAUGAGACAAGUGAGUCCAAGAGUCUGGAAAAUUUUUGAAACUCGUGAUAUUUUCCAUUGUCACCGCUCAUGACAUCAGUGAAGCAUGAUCUGAAAUGACUAUGGCUUUCAUUUUACUGCGAUGUAAUUUUGUAAAUAAAAGAUAGGUCAGCUUUAGGGGAAGUGUGUUUCGAUUUCAUAGAAGUUUUCUACGCAGUUUGUGCGUGGCAGGCGGCCGUCUUUUGCUGGAUCUAUCCGGUCUGGACCAGUUUUAUUAUUUUACAUCAGCUGUGAGAAUCGAUGCUUACAUUAAUCUUAAGCGUCAGAAGGCAUCACACUUGUUCUGUCCAUGCAUCAUUCAGUGACAAACAGUAUGAUGUAUAGUGUACCAGCUAGUGACUUCUAUUUUUAUGUAGGAUUUUAAUUUAUUUGAGAAUUAAACUUAAAUCAUUUUGGAGCUAAAUGUUUUUAGCUGGUCUUUAUUCAGCCAGCAAUUAAGUUAAUUAAGGAGUUGUCCAUGGCUGUUACAUUCUUGGAGUAUAUCAGAAACUUCGACUUGAUUUCAAAAUAUGUUAUGGUCAUUCCAUUUAUUUAUGUGAAAGUUUGUUAGAGCUUACCAUCAUAGGUACAUAAACUAUUAAAGCAGUGUUGAUAACAUUUACCUUCAUUUAUUUUUUAAGAAAUUUAACACUAAGUGAUACCUCUGUUUUAUGACAAUAAUAGGCUUAAUCUUUAAAUAAAUUUUGUUAAAGAGCAUUAAAUUUUCCUCCAGUGUACUCUUUAGAUAGAAAUCUGUGAUGUUCUUUUCAUAAUAUGUCAAACUUUUUUCACCUUAAUUUAUUUUCAGUUACCCUCCCUUAGCUGCGACCUGGGUGACUUAAGCAUCUCCUCCAGUGAAAUUGAUCAAUUUUUCCAAAGCUUCAGUGAGUUUCCACUGCCUCCGGAUGCCCCAAUGCAAGUUGAAACGGAGGGGUCACAUUUGUCCACCCUGACAUCAUGUGACCUCACGUCUUUUUUCUUCGAAGACAUCCAAAGGCCCAGGGAUUUAAAUGUUUCUUUCCAUGGCGACAACCAUGUUCAGACAAUAUUUAAUAUUGACCCAAACCAAGGCUACUACCCAGAGAGCUCUGGAAAUAACACACCACCGCAUUCUGGGGGUGUCACCCCCCAGAACACCUCUCGGGCUACAUCACCAACUUGGAGUGAGAGCAGUGGUAGUAUGAGCACAAGCAGUGUGUCUGGAACAGUGAGCAGUGAAACACAACCAGCCACCAGAGGAAACAACCCCGUGCCUAGACAUAAGAGACCUUCCCAUAAAAGAGCUGAAAUAAAGCGUAGGGACAAAAUCAAGGUAUGAAUUAAAGUGAAUGUUGUUUUUUUUUGUGUGGUCAUUUGUAAAGAAUUGUUUCAGAUCAUUAAGUGAAUAUGUUUUUUUUUCUUUAUUGCUGCACUUUUUAAGCUAAUUCUGAUUUCUUUUUCAGACUUGUUUAGAUGACAUCAAAGUGUAUGUUCCUUCAUUAAGAGACAAGGGCAAGCUUAGUGAAUCUGCAAUAUUAGCAAAAGGUGAGAAUUUACACAACUUAAUAAUAUUAGGCUUGAUUUUGUGAUGUUCAGUUGUUAUAUUUUUUAUUGUGCCAUUAUGAUCUUUGGUCAAUUUUUGUUUCAGGCUUGAGGUAAGAAUAUAGCACUGUGCUUCAUUUUGCUUUCUAAGAUCGUUUCUUCAUCACAUGAUUUUAAAAAAAGAAAAAAUCUUUCAACAUAAAAAUAAAAAAAAAAGCCAAAUGUAACACAGCUGCUUAUGCGCAUAUAAUUCUUUCCUUAAAUUGUCAGUUUAAGUGUGGAAAGUUUAUAGCUUAAUGUUUUUUUUUCAAUGGAAAGUUUUAGUGUUCUGUUAGUGGUGCAUUUGAUGUGUGUUUGGAAUGUGUACGGUAAUAGUUCUUGGAUGCUAUUCUCGUGGUCCAUAAUGUUAGUUUAUAUGGUUAGCUGUGCCCGUAUUAGAGGGGCACUUGACCCUUAUUCUGACCAGUCUCCCUCUUUUAGCGGCUGAAUACAUUCACCAUCUGAAAGACGGUCACACAGAGCGAGGGAACAAAGCUUCAGAACUUCGACGGGAGAUUGAAUGUCUGAGCACAGAAAUUCAGUAAGUUUUGGUGUUGAGCGGGCCAGGCACCGAAAGACAUGCCGUCCACCCAAUCUACUGAGUUCUUUCUCAGCCCGUCUGCCAACUAGUCUCUGCCUGGACCAACCUAACCAAAGCUAACUCAUUUAAGGCAGAGGAUGAUUAGAUUGACUUAAGUAUUCUGGUAGCCUUUGGGUAACUAUGCGUGUGCCUAGUUGUUCACAACAUAGAGCUACACUGUAGGACGGUCAAACUUUGGUUUACAAUUUUAUAUCACACCUCAAGUUCAAAUAUAAUUUAAAAAUUAUAUUUAUAAUUCUUUAAAAAAAAAAAAAUUCAAAAAAGGAAUAGAAGCUUAAUUUGUAUGUUUGUCUUUUUGUCUAAUGUAAUCAGCUUUCCAUAACCAAUACUGCAGAAUAGGCCAUUAUCUGAAUUUCCUGGCUUGGUUUUGAAAACAAUAUUUUGUUAUUUCACUUUGGAUCUAGAAUUUUAUUUAACUGAAAAAGUUAUUUCCAAAUAACUUGUUUUGCUUCAAAUUCAAACAAACAUCUACUGCUUUGCAAAUUUGCAGUGAAAUGUGUCGGGGAAAAUUAAAUAAUGGCAGUCUGCAGUUUCGUGCUCUAAUAACUUCCAGUUUUCUUUAUUACAGGCUAAAUCGGGGAAAUGCAUAUCUCAAAAUUUGCUAUUCACCGAUCUAAAAUUUAACAUUCAUAACAAGCACCAUUAAUUAUUUGUCAUUGUUGUAGUAAUGCAAACAAACUUUACAUCACGCUUCUCUUUUUUAUUAUUCAAGAAAUUAACUAACUAAUAAUUCUACAAUUUCUCUGAUAAUUGCAGGUAAACUUACUGAUACAUUUUAAAAAUAUUUGUAAUUAAGAAAAGAUUUCUCAAAUUCUCAUUAUGUUGGUUACCUUAUUUUCUCCUGAGUAGGGCCAUCCCAGGUCAAUCCAGAGCUCAUUUUUUAAGUUAUCUUGAAAUACAGUAAAUUGAUGAUUAUCUCUGGAAUUUGUUGAAAAUGAUGGAUAUUUUUCUCCCAUCAUAUUAAAUUUUGGUUAAUUAACAUUCGCUUGUACCAACGUACAAGUAAUGCAAAAAUUUGAUCUGAACUUUAGGCCAUUAGUUCAGUUUAAAAAAAAAAAAUGAAAUCUGGAUGGACUGUUCUAUACUUUGUCAAUUUCUGACUCUUUUUUUCUCUACUUCUUUCUCUUCUUGCCAAUAAUAAAGUAUAAAGCAUGCUUGUUUUAUUUUUGUUUUCAGUUCUUUCCAAGAAAAUCUGCCAGCUGCAGGCCUAAAAGAAGAACCAAACAUCACAACCUCUCUGGAUGAUCUUUAUCAGAUUUGGCGAACUGAAUGUAGCCAGAGAUCCACAAAAUUUUUUAUUGUAUCCUUUGUGUAAUGUGUAAAUUCAAUCUUUGAGAAUUGAAAUAUAAGCAAAUGGUAAUUUUGGGGCUUAUUUUCCAUACCUUUAUGAAGCCACAUCUCAGAUUUUAUUUAAUAAACAAGCUAUGUUAUGAAAAAUGUAGCACCAGAUUUGAUAUGGCAGAGAAGCCAGGUGUCAUACUCAUUAUUUUAUGAACAUUGAAACAAAGUAGUAUUGUUAUGUAAGGAAUACACCUUAACCGAAUUUCAGUUUUCCUCGAUAACGUCAAAACUGUUUGAGAGUUUCAAAGAAGUUGUGGGAUCAGCAACAACCUUAAGUGCCCUGACGGCAAAGGCUCAGGAAUGGCAGAUGAAAUACUUAGCAUUGCCUGUUCUCAGAAAACGUGAGCAUGGAAUAGAUGACUAAAUGAUAAUUAAUAAUAAUAAUGAAGUUUAUUUUUAAAAAAAAAUAAAAAAUUGGCCAAUAUUUUCUCUUUGCCAUUUUGACUGUUUAGUAGUCAAAUUGUUAAUGUCCAGACAUUUUACAAAAAUUACAUUAAGCUUUAACAGUAUUUAGAUUAAAAGUAAUUGGAAACUAAAUGGGAUAAAAACAACAACAAUAUAGCUGAUUAUUCUAUAAAAGAUGCAAAGAGUUAAGCUGGCUGUAGCGAGUAGUUAUCCCCUGACAUAACAUUUGCUCAAGUGAAUAAUAUUUCUAAAAUGUGUGGUACAAGAAUGUCUCAUCAUCUAACUUUUCAAUAAUUUAAAGGUUAAUAUCACAAAUCUGUUUUGCAAUGUGUAUCAUUCUGAGCACCUUAAACUCAACAAUGAUAUAUCUUUUUAAAACUAUAUAUCCCACAAUGUUAAAGUGACCAUUUCUUUCUAAUGUAAAAUCAGGGCGUUUUACAUUGAACGUGUUCCAAUUUUAAACCAGGACAAGAAAAAAAAAAUUUUGCGCCAUGGGUUUCCAAAACUAAACAAUUAUUUGCGAUGACAUGGAGAGCUCUUCUGUCAGUGAGCAUUGUUUUGCCGCCAUGGGUGUCCAAAAAUAAAUGAACACAUGUAAUUGUUUUUUUACAAUGAUAUGUGAUGACAUGGAGAAUCUGUUAAUAUGGCAUUCUUUUUUUUUAAAAAUCUGGAAAAACUUGAAAUAAUCCGGUCUGAAAUAAAAAUACAUGCUUGAAAAUGAUAUCACUGAGCCAAGCUCUAGUAAUUUGAAUUUUCCAUGCAUUUUAGUCCCAAAGCCUGACAAAACUUACAGGUUUUGCACUGAUUUCAGGAAAGUGAAUUCAGUUACUAAGUCGGAGCACUUUCUGGAUAUGCCAGUUUGGAUACAUUAUAUUUAUUUAAAAUGUAUCAUUUAUUUAAGCUUAGAUAUCAGAAUGAGAUACUUGAUCUUUUUAAAAUUUAAAUUUUAAAAAAUUGCAGUUUUAAACUUCACUGUCUUUUUAGCUCUUGUCAAGCAAUGAAAAAAUUUAAAAUAACAGUGUUGUCCUGGUAAAAUCAGUAUGAAUGGUCACCUUAUACAAUGUGAUUCUCUUAUGAAAUACUCAAGAUAUAGACCCCUUUUUAAUCCUACCUGUUUUGUUGAUGCCACAGAUAUUUGUUGUGAUGAUAUUGAAAUAAGGAAGUUGAUGCCCAGCAUCACAGUGAUGAAGACUUCAUUUUUUUUUUCUCCCUGGAGAUUUAAUCUAAGGUCAUUCAGUGCCCUGUGGCAUAAAUAUAAUAGUUUGUAUGAAAUCUCAUUUAUGAGAGGAUAACUUUAAAAAAACGAGUAGUAGUGCCAGUCAUGUCAAACAGAGACAACUUUUGGCCGCUGGCUACUGGUUUUGCUGCCUUAGUCCACAAUAAAUUAUUUCAGAAUGGCGCUUCUGCUUUAAAAAAACCAACAACUUAGGUAUUGUGUUGCCAUGGGGGCAUUUUUAUUUUCCAACAAAUUUUUUACUUACAAAAAAGAAAAGCAUUCUAUGCUUUGUCAGAAAUCGUUCAGAGAAGAAUGUGAUGGCUUUCUGGAGUACAGUAGGAAGAAAGAACUCUCAUGUCAUAGAUACAAUGUGCAUGGGUUGUAACAGUUGGCAUGUUGUGACUGAGUUUUUGUUUUUUUCUACAGAUAUCCUGGGUGGCAUGUUGGAAUUAAGUCGGCAAAACAGUAUUGUGAUGAGCUCCGACAAGCUCCAGCUUGACUUUGGCUCACAGGCUGUGAUGAAAGUGGAUGAUGCUUAUUCAUGACAACAAUUUGAGUCCAGAUCCGAUUUCCUAAGUAUUUUUAAUCUUUAAAAAAAAAAUGUCAAUCUUCUAUUUUCUUUUUAUAAAACUUUUUUUUUCUUCUUUUAGAUUUAUGCUUAGGCGAAUGGUAAUUUGUUUGUUAAUCAAACAAAAUGUAAAAAAUAUACAGUGUACAGUUUUUCUUUACUUAUUUGAUGACUUACUUACAAAAUUUACAAGCUUCAUCCAAAUGUUCAGCUCUUUAAAGAAUGUGGUCUUCUGUAUUAGAAAAUACAGCCUUGUUUUAAGCAUACUGUCUACUGUCCAUCAUUGUCUGGGUAAUUGGCACUUAAUGUUUUGUUUCUCCUGGGUUUAUUUGAAACAAUUUAAUAAGGGAUUUUCCAACUGAUUUGAAAAAUUGAUUUAGAUUGUCUUUUAAAAGAAAACAUAAAGCUGGAUUAAGAUUAUUUAAAGAAUAUUAUUAUUUAUUUUUUUUUUUUUUUGACAUUUGUUAGUCGUCAAAUUAAUGGAGUAAAUCAAUAUUUGGUUGGUGAAUCCCUGUGAAUGCACGUCGUGCUAUGAAUGUAUACCAGGAUUGUUAGUUACAUAUACAAGAAGUACUAUGAUAAGAUUUUUGUAUUACAGAGCUGUUUACCUAUAUCCCAGGAUUUUAAUUGGAUUUUGUGUUACACAUUUGUGUGGUUUUUUUUUUAGAUCUGUAAAAGUAUUUGGACAAUCUUUUAUGUUUCUAUUUCAAACAUCUGCUGGAGAAAAAAAAACAACAUAUGCUCAGUUCUAAAUUUUUUUGUGACAUCAAUUAAUAUUAACUGAAAAGAUUGCUAUCGCUAUAGCCAAAGUGUUUUGAGUAGUCAUGAUUUGAUCAUCGUUGACGUUAUUGAGGGGUUACUGCAGAGCCAUGCAUUUUUUAGAAGAGCAUUAGAUGAUAGGUUAAGAAUAAUGUUUUAGUUGCUGUUCAGCCACAAUCGAGCUGUUAAAAUACUGUUGCUCACGGUAAACUCUAGUCUGUCAUCUUAUCAUUGCAUGUCACCAUCCAAAUGUACACGUUAACUGCAAACAUGUUGAAUUUGAUCUCAUUAAAUUUUGUUUAAAUGUCACAAGUGAGUGGAAUAACUGAUUUCUAUUUAUAUGUCAAAGGCUAAAUAUAAAAAGUUUUUUAAUUUGGUUCAUAUAAUUUCUAAUUUGUAGUGUUUGAUAUCCUGGCUAGAGUUUGCUUCAUGUUCAUGCUAGGUGUGCGGCCACUAAUGGGUAAUAAUAAAUGUUCAUUUUUGUGAUAGAUUUCCUCAAAGAGAGUUUCAGUUAUAAAGCAUGUUACAUUUCACAUAUAUCUGUGAUCCAGCUGGCACAUAACUAUGGCUGUGUUCAUAAAAUGUUCCUCACAGAAGUUUUUAUUUUCAGUGUACUCUCCUAUAAAGCUAAUCAAUGGUAUCAGACAAUAUCAUUUAUAAGAACUCAAGGGUUACAAAUGCCUUUUGUUCAAAGGUUCUCAUGCAUUGAAAUAAAAAACACAGGUGAAAUACUUUGAUUAAUUUGUAUAAUUAAGCACACUUAAAGCUUUUAAUAAAUAAGAAAUGACCUCGAUUGGCAGCAUUUUGUAAAAAGUCAUGACUAUUUUUUUUGUUUAAAGCAUUUGUGCUUUGCAUGAAUGUAUUUAAUUUUUUAAAAUUUAUUUAAAGAGUGGGGGG